CCCAGUGGAGCCCGUCGGAUCCAGCCUAGCUUUGCGCCCGGGGGCGCGCCACCUACCAGUCCGAGGUGUCCGCACGUCCGGCCUUUCCUUCGUCCGUCCCACCUGGGGCCGGCGCCGACCAUGCCCAGCGGCUGCCGCUGCCUACAUCUCGUGUGCCUGUUGUGCUUCUUGGGGGCACCGGUUCAGCCUGCCGGAGCCGAUGACUGCAGCUCUCACUGUGACCUGUCCCACGGCUGCUGUGCGCCUGACGGUUCCUGCAGGUGUGACCCAGGCUGGGAGGGACUGCACUGUGAACGGUGUGUGAGGAUGCCUGGCUGCCAGCACGGUACCUGCCACCAGCCUUGGCAGUGCAUCUGUCACAGUGGCUGGGCAGGCAAGUUCUGUGACAAAGAUGAGCACAUCUGUACCACACAGUCCCCCUGCCGGAAUGGAGGUCAGUGCAUAUAUGACGGGGGUGGCGAGUACCACUGUGUGUGCCCCCCAGGCUUCCAUGGGCGUGACUGCGAGCGCAAGACUGGACCUUGUGAUCAGGCAGGCUCUCCGUGCCGGAACGGCGGACAGUGCCAGGACAACCAGGGCUUUGCCCUCAAUUUCACGUGCCGCUGCUUGGCGGGCUUUGUGGGUGCCCACUGUGAGGUGAAUGUAGAUGACUGUCUGAUGCGGCCCUGUGCUAAUGGUGCCACCUGCGUGGAUGGUAUAAACCGCUUCUCCUGCCUUUGCCCUGAGGGCUUUGCUGGACGCUUCUGCACCAUCAACCUGGAUGACUGUGCCAGCCGCCCAUGCCAGAGAGGAGCCCGCUGUCGGGACCGUGUCCAUGACUUCGACUGUCUCUGCCCCAGUGGCUAUGGAGGCAAGACUUGUGAGCUAGUUUUACCUAUCCCAAACCUGGCCACCACAGCGGACAUACCUCUGGGGCCCACCUCAGCUGUGAUGGCACCUGCCACGGGGCCUGUGCCCCACAGCGCAGGGGCUGGUCUGCUGCGGAUCUCAGUGAAGGAGGUGGUACGGAGGCAAGAGGCUGGGCUAGGUGAGUCUAGCCUGGUGGCCGUGGUGGUGUUUGGGGCCGUCACUGCUGCCCUGGUCAUGUCCACAGUGUUCCUGACCCUGCGGGCCUGGCGCCGGGGUGUCUGCCCCCCUGGACCCUGUUGCUACCCUGCCCCGCACUAUGCCCCGGCACGCCAGGACCAGGAGUGCCAGGUGAGCAUGCUGCCAGCAGGGCCCCCCCUGUCACUUGACCUGCCCCCUGAGCCUGGAAAGACCACAGCACUGUGAUGGAGGUGGGGGUGUUCCGCCCCUCCUCACCUCCACCUCUCAGACUCGAGUAAUCCUCACCACCCCUCAGCUGGGGUACACAUAUUGAGGGAACUCAGCCUCAUAACAGAAAUAUUAUUUUUUUAAUACACAGAAUGUAAAAUGGGAAUUUUAUCAAAUAAAUCUAUGAAA